CCUCCUCAUACUCUCUCCGUGCCCAUCACAGACGCCAGCAACCACAACCUCACCUUGCAGUCACAGAGCAGAAAGCCAAAGUGCACCGUCCCCAAGACACAAUGACAGCCUCAAACCCUCCUGGCACCGUUGCCUUGGUGGAGUUCGACCCCUCGGCUGACGGCUCGCAUCUCGUACUCGUUCCACAACCGUCUAGUGACCCUAAUGAGCCCCUGAACUGGAGCACUGUUCGAAAAUGGUGGAACUACAUGCUCACCAUGGCCAUGGUAGUGGCAGCUUUCACGCUCGUCACCAUUCAGGCCGUCUUUUGGCAGCAGAUUGGCCCAGAUUUGGACGUGACGCCGCAGCAAUUGAACAACGGAAACUCAACGCAGCUCGCCGGUCUUGCCACCGGGUGCAUCUUCUUCAUCCCCUUUGCAGUCAAGUAUGGCCGUCGUUCGGUCUAUCUGGUCUCGAUUGCCCUGAUGGCUGCAGUCUCCUGGUGGACAGCACGGAUGAAUACGUACACGGAAAUGAUCAUCACAAACUUCAUCACCGGACUGUCUGGUGCCAUCAACGAGACGACCGUCCAGAUGACGAUUGCGGAUCUCUUCUUCGUCCACCAGCGCGGUACUGCCAACGGCCUCUACUUUGUUGCCGUCAUGGUGGGCAGCUUCUUGACAAUUAUGGCUGGAGGCGCCCAAGCCGCAGUCCAAGGGUGGCGGUGGUCAUAUUAUUCCCUCUCCAUGGCCCUGACGGUUCUUCUCAUCCUAUUCACUGCAACCUUCGAAGAGACCAAGUACAUUCCUUCCAACCCGCAUGCUCAACACAGUAGCUCGACUGCCGGUAUUGAGACGAGCGGGGCUCCCGCUGAGAACGAGGAUCCGACUGCCAACGUAGGCGGCGGCAAGAAUAGUGACGAGACAAAGGACCAGGUGAUCCACUUGUCCAAGUCGAACAUGGUUGGCGAGGUCAUUCCUCCCCUCAACUCGUACAAGGAGCGCAUGCGCAUGACCACCACCACCUCAGAGUCUCUGCUGCGCGUCUUUAUCGCCCCUUUCAAGGCCAUAUUUUUCCCCCACGUUCUCUUUACCGCUCUGCAAUUCGCAUCUGGUGUAUGCUGGCUAGUUCUUGUCAUUACCAUGACGUCGAUUGUCUUCUCCGCGCCCCCUUACAACUUCGAUACUUCUGGUGUCGGCCUGAUGAGUCUCGGUCCCUUCGUUGGCAAUAUCUUCGGUUCCAUCUAUGGUGGUCCAGUCUCGGAUUGGUCUAUCGCUCGCUUUGCAAAGCGCAAUGGCGGCACCUUUGAGCCCGAAAUGCGCCUGUACAUUAUGCUCCCUGCUACCCUCUUCAUGUCUGGGGGGCUCGCCAUGUUCGGCGUGACUGCCGGGAUGGGCAUGCACUGGAUAUACCCCAGUGUCGGCGGCGCCUUUUUUGCCGCUGGUCUAGGGGCUACAGGCGACAUCGCAUUCACAUUUGUCAUCGAUAGCUAUCGCGAUCUUGUGGCCGAGGCAUUCGUCGGCAUCGCCUUUAUGCGCAACGUCAUCAGCAUUGUGAUCCCCUUGACGUCAAUUGAUUGGCUGACAAACAUGGGAGUCGUCUACAUGUUUGUGAUCGCCGCUCUCGUCAAUCUCUUUAUUGGUCUCCUCUUCAUCCCCAUGAUCAUUUGGGGCAAGAGGAUACGCACUGCCCUUGCUCCUCGCUACUAUCACAUUAUCGAGAAGAGGCUUGUGCACGGCCUCACUGGACUUUGAUGAUCGUAGCUUGCCGAGGGAGGCCGAGCAAAGGUUAUUACUGGUAGAAAGGGUUUUUUUUGGCAAGAACACAGAUUGCUCGUGAAGCGUCAUGUAGUUCGUAGUUUCAUGCAGAC